CCCGCAAUCGCGCUGUAGCCCCCAUGGCGCGCAUUCUUGCAUCUAAGCGCGCCGUUCCUAGCUAAACUAUCGGCUGCAGGCCAUCGCGCCCGAUAAGACGCCUGAACAAAGCACCCGACGUCGUCAUAUCAGCUCCCAGCCUUCAAAGCAGCAGUGCGGCUGUGUCACCGCCUCUCCGUUGCUACACUCCCUGUGGGCAGCAUUGUCUACCCACAGCCCUGUAACAGCAGACGCCAUCAAUCUCACCGCGCACCGUGCUCAAAUCACCCAAGUGAGGCUAUUAAUUCUCACCGUCUUUCCACUCACGCUCAAUGGCCGCCCAUCACACCAAUCGCCCGUCCAACCACCCUAAAAGGCCGUUGCCGGCCCAUGCACGCCCUUCGAAGCCCGCUCCUCUAUCGAAACGUACAAAUUCCUACGGUGCCGGCAAGAAGGCCGUCCACUCCACGGAGGAGGAUUUCGAGGACGAGGAAGUGAUGGCAACGUCCUUCCUGCAAUUUUGCACCACCUGCGAGAAGCAAAUUAUCGUGCCCAGCAAUUCCGUCCUAUACUGCUCGGAGAGCUGCCGCAAGAAGGACACCGAGAAGCAAUUCUCGUUUCCGUUUGACCAGUCACCGCCACCAACGCCCUUCUCUACCUUCUCCAACUUCUCCUUCGACGACUUCCACUUUCGCGACAUCGUCCCGCCCCGAUCGCCCACCCAACCCCGCUCCAAGCGCUCAUCAUGCGCCUUCUCAGAGAUGUCUUCAGACGAUAACACUGCAUCGGGCGACGAGAAGUCCAGAACAGACUCUGAGGCGUCGCGGUACCUGCGCCAGUUCCAAUCGCCGGCCUACUCAGGUGAAACCACUGUGCGACCUCGCCGCCCCCGUUACAAUCGCGCCUCAACCUCCCAAGUCACCUUCAGCGCCGCACCCUCCCUUUCGCACACACCAGCCUCCUCGGUCAGUUUCUCGCUUCCGUAUACGCCGUCAACGAGGCCUCUUCCGCGCAGGACGAAUCCGCAUAGCUCGUCGUACGGAUCCAGAUCCAUUGAUCUCGUCACACCGUGGACCCAUGCCUCGACUGCGCCGUCAAGUCCGCCCCAAUAUUCCUUGAAAGCGGCGCCGAUAUCGCGCACUUCAACGAGCCACAUUGAGGGCGAGAUCCUGUACGAGAAGUCGCCCAUUCCUUCGGUGUCACCGGCGAACGGUAGUCUUGGCCGGCUAUUGGCUUCUACGCCUCGGUGAUCCUUCUUACAUACCCUUGUUCCACGCUGACAUUUUCCCUUCGCUUCAUCAUAUCCCGAUGUACGUCGGUCUCCGCGGAAUUUCACAGUAAUUAUGCCGAAGUGUUGUUAUCGCGGCGUUCGUUCUAGUUUGUUGUGUUGGUGUUAGAUGAUGACAGCUGUGCAGGGCGUAGCCGAUGCAGUGUCAGAUCAGAUCAGAUCAGAUAACACCCUUUAUGGCAUUCGUUUCCCGCGGACAUUAAAAGUUUAGAACGAGUCUUGAUGGAUAGGCGUUCUCGACCAUUUCGGAC